UAAAAGAAGUGGAUGUAUCAUAGAUAGAGGUGUCACAGUUGAGUACAUUAAACCCUUCAAAAAGAAAAAUCUCAUCUUCUUCCUUGUUUCUUUCUUCUUCUUCUUCCUCUGCAUAUAGUCUGGCCAUAAUCAUUUUCUCUCUUAUAAGGUACGGAGCAAUAAUCGAGAAGAAGAGGAUUUUAUGAAAUUAAAUGAGUAGUAAUAAUAUGACAUCAUUGGUGAGGACGAAGUCCGAUCAAUUGGUGGAGAAGGUGACGGCGGCGUUCAAGUCCCCGCCACUGCCGCCGACGACGUCGUCUUCAAACGACGCGGCGGAGGGCGGAGGAACGCUGUCACGAAAGUCGAGCCGAGGGAGGAUGGUGAUGGGAGCAUCGCCGGGGCGGAGUGGCAGUAGCAAAACUAAUAAUAAUAACACGCACAUCAGAAAGUCCAGGAGCGCCCAGCUCAAGUUCGAUCUUGAUGAGGUUAGCAGCGGCGCCGCUCUCAGCCGAGCCUCCAGCGCCAGCUUAGGCUUGUCUUUCUCCUUCACCGGCUUCACCAUACCUCCUGAUGAUAUAGCCGAUUCUAAGCCAUUUAGUGACGAUGAUAUCCCAGAAGAUCUUGAAGCUGGCAUUCGGAAACCGAAAUUUCAAACUGAACCCACAUUGCCAAUUUAUCUCAAGUUCAAAGAAGUAACAUACAAGAUAACUAUCAAGGGAAUGAGAACAAGCGAAGAGAAGGACAUCUUACAUGGGAUUACAGGCUCAGUAAAUCCAGGAGAAGUUUUGGCCUUGAUGGGACCUUCAGGGAGUGGAAAGACAACACUUCUAAAUUUGCUUGGAGGGAGGAUAGUGCAGGCAUCUGUUGGUGGUUCAAUUACUUAUAAUGACCAACCAUAUUCCAAGUACUUAAAAAGCAAGAUAGGAUUUGUGACCCAAGACGAUGUUCUGUUUCCUCACCUGACAGUAAGAGAAACAUUAAGAUAUGCAGCCCUCUUACGACUGCCAAAGAAGUUGACAAAAGAGGAGAAGGAAAAACGAGCAAUGGAUGUCAUUUAUGAACUAGGCUUAGAGAGGUGCCAAGACACUAUGAUAGGUGGCUCAUUUGUCCGUGGAGUGUCAGGGGGGGAAAGGAAGAGAGUUUGCAUUGGCAAUGAGAUCAUAAUCAACCCUUCCCUACUGUUUCUUGAUGAGCCAACCUCUGGCUUGGAUUCUACAACUGCUUUGAGAAUUGUUCAGAUGUUACAAGACAUAGCAGAGGCUGGAAAAACUGUGGUAACAACGAUCCACCAGCCAUCGAGCAGACUCUUCCAUAAAUUUGACAAAUUGAUCCUUCUUGGGAAAGGGAGCUUGCUCUAUUUUGGGAAAGCAUCAGAAGCUAUGGUUUAUUUCUCAUCUAUAGGAUGCUCCCCUUUAAUUGCCAUGAACCCAGCAGAGUUCUUGCUGGAUCUUGCAAAUGGAAAUAUAAACGAUGUUUCUUUGCCAUCAGAACUAGAGGAUAAAGUGCAAAUGGGAAAUUCAGAUAACGAUACACCUAAUGGAAAACCAUCUCCUACUGUUGUCCAUGAGUAUCUUGUGGAGGCCUAUGAAACCAAAGUUGCUGACAAGGAGAAGAAGAAACUGAUUGUUCCUCUUCCUCUUGAUGAAGAACUGAAGUCAGUGUCCAAUAGAAAUAGGGAAUGGGGGGCAAGCUGGUGUCAACAAUAUAGUAUACUAUUCAGAAGAGGAAUUAAAGAACGGAGGCAUGACUACUUCAGCUGGUUGAGAAUCACCCAAGUUCUAGCCACAGCAGUCAUUUUGGGAUUACUCUGGUGGCAGUCAGAUGGUCAUUCCCUCAAAGGUCGGCAAGAUCAGGCCGGGCUACUUUUCUUCAUUGCUGUCUUCUGGGGAUUCUUUCCAGUCUUCACUGCAAUUUUUGCUUUUCCACAAGAGCGAGCAAUGCUGAAUAAGGAACGAGCAGCUGACAUGUACAGAUUAAGUGCUUACUUUUUGGCCAGAACCACAAGUGACCUUCCACUUGACCUGUUGCUUCCAAUACUUUUCCUUCUUGUAGUAUAUUUCAUGGCAGGCUUGAAGACCAGUGCAGGUCCCUUCUUCCUAACCAUGCUUACAGUCUUCCUCUGCAUUGUAGCAGCUCAGGGGCUUGGGCUAGCUAUUGGAGCUACGUUAAUGGACAUAAAGAAAGCUACAACUCUGGCUUCAGUAACUGUGAUGACCUUCAUGCUAGCUGGUGGAUUUUUUGUGAAUAAAGUUCCAGCAUUCAUAUCUUGGAUCCGCUAUAUGUCUUUCAACUACCACACAUACAAGCUUCUUCUCAAAGUGCAGUACGGGCACAUGACACCUGCCAUUAAUGGAAUACAAACAGACAGUGGCUUAACAGAAGUCUGUGCCCUGGUAGCCAUGGUUUUUGGUUACCGCCUCUUUGCAUACCUUUCUUUGAGAUGGAUGAAGCUCCAAUCUGGAGCUUAGAAGGGGAUAAGAGUUUGGGUACAGUUGCAUUUACCAUGGAAUUAAGGCCUCCUUUUGUGGAGGCCAAGUUUCAUAUCAACUAAGAAAAGCUAGAAAGGAUCACUGAGCUGGAGCUUCUGCUUUCUGUGAGCUAAGAAUUUGUGGAGUUUCCUGCUAUAGCAGAUGAUAGUAAGAAUUGAAGAGUUCAUCAAAUUACAUGGAUACAUUGAAUGGGGUUUUUUUUUCCUUUAUAUUGAACCUCUUUAGUAAACAGGUGGUACUUUCAGAAUGAAAUGGUACUUAGUAUAUCAAGUCUAGUUGACCAAACUUGAUUGGUUGUUAUGAUUUAGCAAUGAAUUUUCAGAUUUCACUGGUCA